GCUUGCGCCCUGAGGCGGUUUCCGUUCCCGGACUUUUGGACUCUGUCCUGGAGAAGGGGAAGGAAAAAGUAAGACGUAGAAGUACACUGAAACUUCGUCACACAUAAAACAAGCACGACAAAGAAAGAGGGCGCGAAGGGACUCCUGGAAGAAAUUGAGUCUACAUUUGAGAUCACCCUAAAAGUAGUGACGGCCUCUUUAUUACUCCAAACCCCAGAUUUAACUCGGUAGGACGUCUUCGCGUUGACUUGUGGGGAAUGUAGUUUCGAUGCUGCCGGCGCGUUUUGUUUGCGACAGAAACUACAACCCCCAGGGGCCACCGCGACGUUGCCUGUGGGUGCCCGCGAACCAACGGUUAGCGGUGGCAGGGGCUGACUGAGAGCGUCUGCUUGACAGAGUCUUGCUCUGUCACCCAGGCUGGAGUACAGUGGCACGAUCUCGGCUCCCUGCAACGUCCGCCUCCCGAGUUCAAGUGAUUCUCCUGCCUCAGCCACCCGAGUAGCUGGGUCUACAGGUGUGCGCCACCAUUCCUGGCUAAUUUUUGUAUUUUUAAUAGAGGCGGGGUUUCACCAUGCUGGCCAGGCUGGUCUCGAACUCCUGACCUCGUGAUCCGCCUGCCUCAGCCACUCAAAGUGCUAGGAUUAGAGAUAAUGGAUUCUGAAUUAAUGCAUAGUAUAGUAGGAAGCUAUCAUAAACCUCCAGAAAGAGUAUUUGUUCCCUCAUUCACCCAGAAUGAACCAUCUCAGAAUUGCCAUCCUGCAAACUUAGAAGUUACCUCUCCUAAGAUACUUCAUAGCCCAAAUAGCCAAGCUCUUAUUUUAGCCUUAAAAACUCUUCAGGAAAAAAUUCAUCGUUUAGAGCUGGAGAGAACACAAGCUGAAGAUAACCUGAACAUUCUUUCCAGAGAAGCAGCACAGUAUAAGAAGGCCUUAGAGAAUGAAACAAAUGAGAGAAAUCUGGCACACCAGGAGCUGAUAAAGCAGAAAAAAGAUAUAAGUAUACAGUUAAGCUCAGCCCAGUCUCGUUGUACUCUUCUAGAGAAGCAACUAGAAUAUACAAAGAGAAUGGUUCUCAAUGUAGAGCGAGAAAAGAACAUGAUCCUAGAACAACAGGCCCAGCUUCAGAGGGAAAAAGAACAAGAUCAGAUGAAGCUGUAUGCAAAACUUGAAAAGCUUGAUGUCUUAGAAAAAGAGUGUUUUAGACUUACAACAACUCAGAAAACUGCUGAGGACAAGAUUAAACAUUUAGAAGAAAAACUUAAGGAAGAAGAACAUCAGCGUAAGCUAUUUCAAGACAAAGCUUCUGAGCUUCAAACUGGACUUGAAAUCAGUAAAAUUAUAAUGUCUUCAGUUUCAAAUCUAAAGCACUCCAAGCAAAAGAAGAAAUCUUCAAAGAAAACUAAAUGUAUAAAGAGAGGACCACCUUGGCAAAUUUGUUCAAAGUUUGGAGCACUGCCUUUUGUGGCUGAAAAGAUGAGGCAACAUCGUGACCCACAUAUCCUUCAGAAACCUUUUAACGUGACUGAGACUAGAUGUCUCCCCAAGCCUUCUAGAACAACUUUCUGGUGUAAGGCUAUUCCUCCUGACUCAGAAAAGUCCAUUUCCAUUUGUGACAAUUUAUCUGAACUUUUGAUGGCAAUGCAAGAUGAGCUGGACCAAAUGAGCAUGGAGCACCAAGAACUACUGAAACAAAUGAAGGAAACUGAAAGUCAUUCAGUCUGUGACGACAUAGAAUGUGAACUAGAGUGUUUACUCAAGAAAAUGGAAAUUAAAGGAGAACAAAUCUCCAAACUGAAGAAGCAUCAAGACAGUGUCUGUAAACUGCAGCAAAAAGUUCAAAACUCAAAGAUGAGUGAAGCUUCAGGUAUUCAGCAAGAAGACAGCUACCCUAAAGGAUCAAAGAACAUAAAAAAUAGCCCCAGAAAAUGUUUGACUGACACUAACCUUUUUCAGAAAAACAGCAGCUUUCAUCCAAUACGAGUUCAUAAUCUUCAAAUGAAAUUGAGAAGAGAUGAUAUCAUGUGGGAACAGUAACAAAACAGCAAAACUGUCACCUUAAUGAACUUUGUCAAUGAGACCUUGAAUUGUCUAAAGUGGUUUUAAUUUAAUAUAACUUUGUGACAUUUUGAAUCAUGUUUCUAGUUUCUAUAAAACAUGAAGUUGCAGUAUUUAAAAAUUAAUGCCUAAUGACCUAGUGGGUUCCAAAUAAUAAAUUAAUUGCUUUUUUAUUUUUCUUAUUGAUUGGAGCCCAUAACCUCAUCUUGUCUUGGAAACAUUGUUGGCUUUGCAGAUAUCUUAAGCUAAAUUUAAGAAAUUGUACUAGAUUGACAAUAUUCAAAAUUGAGUUAAAUCCAAGCUACAAGUACCAUUCAUUCCACUUUUCAUUUAGUAGGUUUGGAACCUUAAAAGCCAGUGUUAAAUGAACAGAGUUCAGAAAGAUCAUUUAGCUUUCCUGGUGCCUUCUUUCUAUUUUGUUUUAGAGCUGUGAAAUGUUUUUCUCUUUUGGAAAAGGAAAAGCUUAUAGUUACACAGUUUUGUGAAGAAGCCUUUAAUCCAAGUUUUAUGAGACAGUAGGAACCUAUAGCUACUUAAUUUUUAGGAGACAGUAAUUCAGUUGCAGAAGCUUUCCUCUGCUAUUCCCAUUCUCUUUUACAAAACUAGUUUUUUUAAAAAAUCAAUGAUCAAUUUUAUCUUACUACUUUAUAACUUUUGCUGACUUUUAUUCUUUGCGUUGUAUGUAAUGUCCAUCAGUAUAAAUUGAGACUGUGAAUUUCUAGGACCCACAAAAGUGGUAUUUUUUUUUUUUUACAAGAAAGUAUAGAGGAAGAGGAAGCUGGGCAUUAAAUUACCUCAUCCAGCAGAAAUUCACGGUAGUAUGGUAUAUUUUUAUUUUUUAUAUUUUAAAAUCAGUAAUGUCAAAUGUCAUUGUGUAUGCAUGCUUUAUAAUAAAUUUGCACUUGAUCAUUUUUCUGGAA